CGGUUUGCUUGUCCUGUACGCCGAAACCCUGGUCAUCCUUUGGAAUUAAAGGGGAGGUUCAUUACUAUCCGAGGCCUAAAAGGCCUCCCAGUCAUCCCCGGGCUUUCCUGAAUGUCCCCUCAGAGCGGAAGCGACACACACGUGGCAUUGUCCCAGCACAAGAGAAAGCAUUUUUAUGAAAGGAUUAUUUAAACUUUUAGUUCUUCAAACGGCAAGGACAUUUUCACUUCUGUCGUCAAGGAGCAUUUCAAACACUACUACUCCCUUCCUUCAUUACUGCUCAAGAUUACCUCGUCUCCACACCUUACAGCUAGACUUUGCUUUAAGAAUCAGUGGCUGCCACAACAUGGCAGAGCAGCGAUAUUGUGUAGAAUAUGCCAAGCGUGGGACUGCAGGCUGCAAGAAAUGCAAAGAAAAGAUAGCAAAAGGCAUGGUACGAAUUGGAAAAAUAGUUCCAAAUCCUUUUAGUGAAUCAGCAGGAGAUAUGAAGGAGUGGUAUCAUAUCAAGUGCAUGUUUGAGAAGUUGGAGCGUGCACGGGCAACCACAAAAAAGAUUGAUGACCUCACAGAGCUUGAAGGCUGGCAAGAGCUACAGGAUCCUGAAAGAGAACUGAUCACUCAGCAUGUGAACGAACUUGCUACUAAAGCUGGAGCUGCACCAACACCUCGAAAAAAGACUCCUUCAAAGGCCAAUCAACCCCCAACACCAAGUGCAACUCCAUCAAAAAUGCCUGCACCAAGUCCUUCACCUUUAAAGUUUUCUGGGUUUUCAGCAAAGCCUGAACCCUCAUCAUCUGCACCCAGUUCCAGUAGUGGGUCAAGUCUCUCUGUAGAAAAAUGUGAUCCAAAACACAAGGACUGCCUACUGCGUGAAUUCCGCAAAGUGUGUGCCAUGGUUGCAGAGCAGCCAAGCUAUAAUUCCAAGACCCAGAUCAUUCAGGAUUUCCUAACAAAGGGAACCAGUGGAGAUGGUUUCCAUGGAGAUACAUUCUUGACGAUAAAACUGCUGCUACCAGGUGUUAUCAAGAGUGUGUACAACCUCAACGAUAAACAAAUUGUCAAGCUCUUUAGUCGUAUAUUUAACUGCAACCUAGAGGAAAUGGUUCGAGACCUUGAGCAGGGAGAUGUGUCGGAGACUGUUCGGAUUUUCUUUGAAGAAAGUAAAACCUUUCCACCAGCUUCUAAGAGUCUCUUGACAAUUCAAGAAGUAGAUGACCUUCUGAACCAACUUUCUAAAAUGACCAAAGAAGAAGACCAGCAGAAAGUACUGGAGGACAUUGCAUGCAGAUGUACUAGUAAUGAUCUGAAGUGCAUCAUUCGGCUGAUCAAGCACGAUUUGAAAAUGAAUUCAGGAGCCAAACAUGUACUUGAUGCUCUUGAUCCUAAUGCAUAUGAUGCAUUUAAAGCUUCUCGCAAUUUGGGAGAUGUGGUGGAACGUGUGCUACAAAACCAGCAGCAGGCACCAGGCAUGAAACGCACACUAAGCGUAAAAGCUACGCUUAUGACGCCUGUUCAACCUAUGUUGGCUGAAGCCUGCAAAUCUGUGGAGUAUGCUAUGAAGAAAUGUCCAAAUGGAAUGUAUGCAGAGAUAAAGUACGAUGGAGAACGAGUCCAAGUGCACAAAAAUGGUGAUCACUUCAGCUAUUUUAGCCGUAGCCUGAAGCCAGUUCUUCCACACAAGGUUGCUCAUUUCAAAGACUAUAUACCCAAAGCAUUUCCUGGUGGAACUAGCAUAAUCCUGGACUCUGAAGUGCUUCUUAUUGAUACCAAGACUGGUAAACCCCUUCCAUUUGGAACCUUGGGUGUUCACAAGAAAGCUGCUUUCUUGGAUGCCAAUGUAUGCCUCUUUGUUUUCGACUGCAUAUAUUUCAAUGGAGUUAACCUAAUGGACAGGCCGUUGGUUGAGAGACGGAAGUUUAUGCGUGAAAAUAUGGUGGAAAUCCCCAACCAUAUUCUGUUCUCGGAAAUGAAACAUGUCACGAAAGCAUCAGAUUUGGCAGACAUGAUAACUCGAGUAAUCAGGGAAGGUUUAGAAGGCCUUGUGCUAAAAGAUGUAAAGUCAGUUUAUGAGCCAGGAAAACGUCACUGGCUGAAGGUCAAAAAGGAUUAUUUGAAUGAAGGCGCUAUGGCCGACACUGCUGAUCUUGCAGUUUUGGGAGCGUUUUAUGGAAAAGGAGCAAAUGGUGGUAUAAUGUCUGUAUUCCUUAUGGGAUGUUAUGACACAGAAAGUGGCAAGUGGUGCACAGUGACAAAGUGCUCAAGUGGUUAUGAUGAUGCGACGCUUGCCCGUUUACAGAAGGAGCUGGAUAUGGUCAAGAUCAGCAAGGAUCCAUCUAAAAUUCCUUCAUGGCUGAAAAUCAACAAGAACUAUUACCCAGACUUCAUAGUUAGGGAUCCUGAGAAUGCCCAUAUCUGGGAGAUCACAGGAGCAGAGUUCUCUAAGGCAGAGGCCCACACAGCUGGUGGAAUUUCUAUUCGUUUUCCACGUUGCACCCGCUUCCGUGAUGACAAAGACUGGAAAACGGCCACCACUUUACAACAGCUAAAGGAACUUUAUCAGGUCUCAAAGGAGAAGUGUGAUUUCACUGUUGCUGCCACAUCAUCUCAAGACGAGGAAGGCUCUUCUGAGUGCAGCAGUCGGGACAAUGAAGGAAAUUCCAGACCACCUACGCCAAGUGGCUCUGUAAAGAAGCCAAAAAACCCAACUUCUAAACCGCCUGGCAAAGAUAAAAGAAAUGAUGGUGGCAAAAUUCCCCAGCCAAAGAAAAAAGAUGAACCAGCUAAAGCAGAGAAGAGGAAAAUUGUAUCGCCUCCAUCCGUUGACAGUAAAAAGCCAAAACUCUCCAGUGCUAGUAAUGGGAAUGGGCAUAGUGUGGCACCACAGCCAUCAUCCACCACUAAAACCCUUUUGGAUAUAUUCACAGGAGUGAGGCUUUAUCUGCCUGCUUCACUUGAGGAAUUUCCGAAAUUGCGCCGCUACUUUGUUGCCUAUGACGGUGAUCUCGUCCCAGAAUUUGAUGUUUCUUCUGCCACACAUGUGAUGGGUGACAUUCCUGAAUGUGCUGAGGAUGCUAAACCUGUGACACCACGUUGGAUAUGGGAAUGCAUUAGGCGCAGGAGGCUAGUAGCGCCUUGCUGAUCACUCUGGGAACCCUCUGUUACUCAAGACCUGAAGUGGGCUUGUUUACAUCAAUGAUAUCAUGUUUACAGGACUAAAUUAACAAGUACUCACGAAUUGGAGUCAUGGUUAAAGACCUGACUAUGAAAUAUGCUAGGUAAUGUCUUUUUAUGAUAACAAUUGGUACUCUAGUUUAAUGGAGACUUCCCUGAAGGUACAUUAUCUGAUGUCUGUCCUAAAAGCUCCCGAAGACAGAUCCCUUGGUUUACCCAGAUUGCUUGGGUAAGAGUAUAUACUAUGUGCCAUCGUUGAAUUGUUGCAGCAUUGUUCUGCAUUUGUAAAUCUGUUUUGUCAAUUAAACAAAUUUUGUUUUAUCUUAUUGACUGGUGCACUGCAGUCUAGAAUAUUAAUUUUUAACUGGAGAAAAAAUAUUUUUGUAAGUGGGACACUAUCGCUUUUACAGGUUUAGAUAAUUGCAAUUUUUUUUUCCGUGUGUGUGCGCAAGCAUGCGUAUAGUGGCCAACUAUUGCAAAAUGCUUCUUGUAUUUAAUAAGCCAUCUGGACCAACCCGGUCUAGUUCUUCAGGUAGGGACUAGAGAUCAUCAUCUUUUUUAUUUUUUUUAAUGUAUAUAUUUUUUUUCUCUACAGUGAUGUUCUGUUGCAGAGUGUGUUUGUGGAUGUAUUAAAAACCUGAAUCGCUGUGA